AUGGCUUUAACCAGAUAUGCUGUCGUUGGCACUGGAGGCCGCGCCUCGUUCUUCUACAGCGCGAUUGUUCGGGAUUUUAAGGAGACCGCAACGCUCGUCGCAUUUUGUGAUACCAAUCAAACUCGUAUGGAUGUCGCCAAUGAUCGAGUACAGGAACUAGGUCUAUCACGACUGCCGACCUUCAAAGCGGUCGAGUUUGACCGAAUGGUCGAAGAAACAAAGCCUAAUACAGUCAUUGUGACAACAAUUGAUCGAGCUCAUCAUCAGUAUAUCAUUCGAGCAAUGGAACUGGGCUGCAAUGUUCUUAGUGAAAAGCCGAUGACGGUGGAUGAGAUCAAAUGCCAGAUGAUCCUUGAUGCUGUCAAAGCCACGAAUCGGCAACUACGCGUUACCUUUAACUAUCGAUAUGCUCCUCACAACACCAGAGUUCGAGAGCUGUUGAUGGAUGAUACCAUUGGGAGAGUCACUUCGGUACAUUUUGAAUGGUUGCUCAAUACUCAACACGGUGCUGAUUACUUUCGCCGCUGGCAUCGAGACAAACGCAACAGUGGAGGACUUCUGGUACACAAGUCUACCCACCAUUUCGAUCUAGUCAACUUCUGGCUAGGCAGCCGGCCCGCCACUGUCUUUGCUCAAGGAGAUUUGAAGUUCUAUGGCAAGGAAAAUGCCGAGCUUCGUGGAGAAACCAAGUUCUAUUCUCGGACCCAUGGCAGCCCUGCGGCAGCGAAUGACCCAUUCGCUCUCCACAUGGAAGAUCAUCCUCAGCUCAAGGCCAUGUAUCUCGAUGCAGAGCAUGAAGAUGGUUAUUACCGAGACCAAAGUGUAUUCGGUGAUGGAAUCAACAUUGAAGACACCAUGGGCGUCUUGGUCAGCUAUCAAUCCGGCGCGAUCCUAACCUACAGCCUUGUUGCAUACUGCCCUUGGGAAGGAUUCCGGGUCAGCUUCAAUGGUACUAAGGGCCGUCUGGAAAUGGAUGUAUUGGAGCAAUCUUACGUCAACGCAGGUGGUGAACAAUCACAAGAGGGUGCUGUGGCUCAUACAAAGAUUACCGUGCAUCCCAUGUUCGCGCCACCCUAUGAGGUGCCCAUUGUCGAGGGGGAAGGUGGCCACGGUGGUGGAGAUCCUGUUCUGCUCAAUGAUCUAUUCGGUACGCCCACGGCCGAUAAUCUCCAUCGCGCUGCCUCGCAUGUUGAUGGGGCUAUGUCGAUCUUGACGGGUAUUGCCGCGAAUAAGGCCAUUCGUACUGGGCAGGUGGUUCAGGUUAGGGAUUUGGUGAAAUUUUAG